UUAUAGUUAUUACUUGCGCGUUCGGUCUCCCUCUCCCUCUCCCUCUCUCUCUCUUCUCUCUCUCUCUCUGAGGCUGUACGGACGGCGAAUUGGAGCAGUUGAAGAUGAAGAUUUUCGUGAAGACUCUGAAGGGCACUCACUUUGAAAUCGAAGUGAAGCCUGAAGACGCGGUUGCUGAUGUGAAGAAGAGUAUAGAAAAUGUUCAAGGUGCGGAUGUUUAUCCUGCUGCACAACAGAUGCUUAUCCAUCAAGGAAAAGUUCUUAAAGAUGGCACUACAUUGGUUGAAAACAAAGUUGCUGAAAAUAGUUUUGUUGUGAUCAUGUUAUCAAAGAGUAAGAGCUCAUCUGGCGAGGUUUCUAACACAUCAACUGCUGCUACAAGCAAGACCUCACAGACAAGUGCCCCGCCUCCUACAACCCCAGCAUCAACGGCAUCUCAAGCUCCUGUAGUAACCGCAGAGUCGCCUGUGACUGUUAGUGCUCCGGCCCCAGCCCCGGCCCCGGCCCCAGCUCCAGCCCCCGCCACGGCCCCAGCCCCCGCCUCGGCCCCAGCCCCAGCCCCCGUCCCCGUCCCAGUCCCAGUCCCAGUCCCAGUCCCUAUCUCUUCUACCACUGCUGCGUCUGAGACCGAUGUUUAUGGCCAAGCAGCGUCUAAUCUACUUGCUGGAAACAACUUAGAGGGAGCAAUUCAGCAAAUUCUUGAUAUUGGAGGAGGGACUUGGGAUAGGGAUACUGUUGUUCGUGCACUUCGUGCUGCUUUCAACAACCCAGAGAGAGCUGUUGAAUAUUUAUAUUCGGGUAUCCCUGAGCAAGCUGAAGUUCCUCCAGUGGCCCGAGUCCCUGCAAGUGGGGCACCUGCAAAUUCUCCAGUCCAGCCUCCGCAACCAGCGCAACCAGCAGCUGUUCCUUCAAGUGGACCAAAUGCUAAUCCUUUAGACCUCUUUCCCCAGGGCCUUCCCAACAUGGGCUCAGGUGCUGCUGCUGGUGCAAGUACCCUUGAUUUUUUGCGCAAUAGUCAGCAGUUUCAAGCCUUGCGAGCUGUGGUUCAGGCUAAUCCGCAAAUAUUGCAGCCUAUGCUUCAAGAGCUUGGGAAACAAAAUCCCAACCUUCUGAGGUUAAUUCAAGAGCAUCAGGCUGACUUCCUUCGCCUGAUUAAUGAACCUAUGGAAGGUGGAGAAGGGAACGCACUGGGGCAGCUGGCAGCAGGAAUGCCACAGGCUAUAACAGUCACCCCUGAGGAGCGUGAAGCCAUAGAACGACUUGAAGCAAUGGGCUUCGAUCGAGCAACCGUAUUGGAGGUGUUUUUUGCCUGUAACAAGAACGAGGAACUGGCUGCCAAUUACCUUCUUGAUCACAUGCAUGAGUUCGAGGAUUGAUUUAACAAAAUAUCUAUGGUCUAUUUUCUUCUUGCUGCUAUCCCCAACAUCCAUUCAACAAAAAAAUAUAUAACAAGUCUUCUGUUUUCGGUGACUUCUUUCUUAAAUGCAUUUUCUUCACCUUCAACCCUUCAGUCUGGAGUUUAUAUGAUGCGUGUGUCUGGAGUGGACAAAGGAAUGUUUAGGUGUAUUUGCUUUCCGAAUAACCCUGGUUUCUCCCUUGUUAGGAUUCAUUAAGAUUUUAUUAUACAUAGUUGCUUGCCUUGGUAUCUGUUUUCAUUGUGUAUACUUCACAUGUUGGCCUGGACUUGAGAUGUGUACCAUUUGGGAUCUGAUCCAACAUUUUUAAGUUCUUAAAUUAAUUUCCGAGGCAGUCGUAAAAGUAAAUUAUGCUGCUGCUUCGUUUUUUUC